AGAAAACAUAUAUUUGCGGCGAUCUCUCGUUCACAGCAAUUCAUUGAAUAUAUCCUUAAUUUAAAGGGAAUUACAACUGUUUCGAAGAUUAUGUUAGCAUGGAUCUGAGCAGCUUACUGGAUGCUUUGCCAAUUGAUGAAGUAGAAAGAAACAAGAAGAGUUCAAUUCUGAAGACUUUUGCUACGACCAUCGGGUCUGAGCACACUGAUAUAGUUACUGGCAAUUUCUCCAGUAACUUUGUAAUCAUUGCAUCCCAGUACCAGAAGUUGGGAGCUUUAAUCAAGGUGACUGUGGAUGAGGUGGAAUCAGAUUUGGAAACGAGUGUGCCUGUUUACACAGUUAGAACUUUGUUUGGAUCUGAGAACGAGCUGCAAUUGGGAGCAGCCAGAUACCUAGCAGAGAAACUUAACCUGAACAAGAGCCUUCUGAUUUUCUUAGCUCUGAAAUCGUACUCUGUGGAAACAGUGAGAUCUCUUGCUGAAUUUCUCAAAAAUGUCCAAUAAAAUAGUAGUUAAGCAGCCCAGAGAGGCUCGCUCGUUCUUUGGGCAACUGGUGAUCGGACCACCGGACUCAGGGAAAACAACUUAUUGUGCUAAGGUCUACGAUUUCUACAAAGAGAAAUUGAACAGGCAGGUAGAUGUCGUCAAUUUGGAUCCUGCCAAUGAUAAUAUGCAGUAUCAGCCGGCGAUAGAUAUUAUGGAAUUGGUGAGAGUUGAGGAGGUAAUGGAGGGUUUAGGAUUAGGUCCAAAUGGGGCUUUGAUGCAUUGCAUGGAAUACCUGGAGCAGAACUUUGAUUGGUUACUGUUGAAGUUGAAUGCAAUCAAAGACAGUUAUCUUAUAUUCGAUAUGCCUGGGCAAGUGGAGUUGUACACACAUCAUUCUUCAACGAAGAACAUUUUCCAGAAGCUUGAGAAACUUGGUUACCAUUUGUGCACUGUUCACAUGGUUCAAUCUAAUUACUGUUCAAAUCCUGCUAAAUUCAUAUCGACUUUGCUAUUAUCUUUAUCUACAAUGUUGCAGAUCGGUUUGCCUCAUGUUAAUGUCUUGAGUAAAGCAGAUUUACUGAAAAAUUACUCAAGUCAAUUAGAAUUCGGGUUAGAUUUUUACACAGAUGUUCUUGAUUUGGAAUACUUGCUGGAACUACUGAAUGAAGGACCCUUCACAAACAAAUACAAGAAACUUAAUAAAAGUCUUGUUAGUAUGAUAGAAGAUUACAGUCUGGUGUCUUUUAUUCCGCUAGAUGUUAGUUCUGAUACAAGUUUGUUAACAUUGAAGAAUGCUGUGGACAAAGCAAACGGAUACGUCUAUGGGAGUGGCGAGGAAAGGAGUAUACAAGCAUUGUUAUCAUGCGCUGUCGGAGCAAGAACAGAGUCUGAGAGGUACGACGCUGAUUAUAUGUAAUUAAGAUUUAUUUUUAC